AUGAGCAGCUGGAUCAAGCCCAUGGUUAUGGGACUAAAGGACUACAUAGGGUGCGAGUGGGUCACAAUAGGCCGGGAUGUGAUGCAGGUGGAUGCGAUGACGCAGGCUGUUUUGUCGCAGCAAGAGCGGCUUUCCGACGACCCGUACGGGCACCCCAGAGACAGCAUAGGCUCUGUCCGCGCGAAAUUUAAUGAGUAUUUGUUUAGAAUAGAGAAAGUGCUAGAGCCCAAGGACGGGGGGUUUGUCAUGAAAAUAACAGACAACCUCAACGAAAUAACGGCGUAUCUGUCGAGGCAAGCCCUGGACUGCCUAAGAACGCACGACAACAUUGCCGUUGGCAUCAAGUCGCUGGAGAACAUGUACGGCCGCCUGCAGAGCGGGUACUUUAUGGUGAACACAGAAGAGUCCCGAAGAAUAUACCUGUGGAUUGAGAAGAUGGCAUACAUUGGCGAAAGGCCAAACAGAGAAAGCAAGCAGAGUGUGCGGAGCAGGUUUGUAAAUAUAAACGACGACGCAGAAGUCUCCAGGCUGAUGCGGAAAGUGAAGAUGGAGAUAGACGCGUACAAAGCAUGCGAGACCCUUCCGUUUCUGGAGUUUACCCUCGAAGACUUUGAGUUUAUGCAGGACAUGGACUUUAUGGAGAAGUGCUUUGCCGGGGAGAAGAGAGCCGCAAAGGCCACAAAGACCUCGCACUCCCACGUGUAUCUAAGCAGCGCAAACGAAUCGCCCUCUUUCUGCAUCAAAAACGGCCUUGACGAGUACGACGACUACUCUUCGAGCAGGGGAGCGUCCGAGGACGCCAGCACGCCUGUACAGAAGGAGCUCGGCAGCGCAGAGUUUGAAUUUAAGGAAAACUCAACCGAGGACAGAGAGAGCGAUGGGCUCUUGGUGGCGAGCUCUGUCUCUGUCCGGGGCCCUGCCGCGCCCCAAAAGGCGCCUUUCAGUCCGCCCAAGAGCGUGUAUGCAGUGAGCACGGCCGACCUUGUAAAGAAGUCGCUGGUAAGUGCCGACAAAGGCGAGGCCCCCACAUUCCUGCAGCAGGCAAAGAAAGCCUUGGGCUCGGCGGUGAAGGACCCUGUGCUCAGGCCCGUGCAGACAUCGACACCGCCCGGGUCCCCAACGAAGCGCCACUCCAAAGAGUCCAGCCCGCGCCUAAGCCCCAAGAAAAAGGCCCCCGCUGAGCUCGAAGAAGAGACCCUAAACAGCAUAGAGGUGUGCCCGAGCGUGCUAAAAACGCUUAUUUCAAGCCCAACAAAAAAUCCGCUGCCUAAAAGCACCGAAGCCCUGCCCGCUGCAAAGAGCAGCCUGCAGGAGGAGCUGAGCACCUCGGCAGAGGACGAAAUCACAGACGCCAUGGCGGAUGAAAUGGUCCAGGAGACCUUUCUAAAGUUUACGCCAAUUCCCACAAUAUCCGAGUACAAAAAAAAGGCCAGCCGCGACGCCCCAGCAGACAAGGAUUCAAAGAGCAGCGAGUAG